AUGAAGAUUAUGAGGAUGAAUAUGGAAAAUAUGAAGUAGAAUCUGAAGAAGAGGAGGAUGAGGGCGGUGUAGAAGCAGAAACUACCGGUGUUUUGGGUGUGGGUCAAAUUGAUGAUGAUGAAAAAGGAUACAUAUCAGAUGAAGACAAUGAAGGUUUUCGAACUGUUAUUGGACCAGAAACAAAAUCAAAGAAAAUAGUUGGUUCGCAAGACGUGCAAAAAGUAACUCCACACGAUAUAGAUGCUUUCUGGCUUCAACGUUUAGUUUCAAAUUAUUAUUCUGAUCCACAUACAGCCCAAGACAAAACGGCAAAAACUUUACAAAUUCUUGAGUCGGGAAUUAAUACGCGAGAUUGUGAAAAUGAGUUAAUGAACUUAUUUGAUUAUGACAAAUUCGAUCUGGUUAAAGUUUUAACUAGGAAUAGAGAAUUAAUUUUAUGGUGUACAAAACUCGCUAAAGCUGGCACUGAGGGUAUAGAACGACAAAAUGUCGAACGUGAAAUGCGUGAACGUGGAUUAGAAUGGAUCCUUAAAGAUCUUGGUGGCGAAAGAAUUCGUCGAGGUGAAGGCGCUGCACGAAAAGGUGUAGUCGAAGAUGCAAUGGAAAUUGAUGAAAAGCCAGCUAUUGCGCAUGGUCCUGUGCCUGCGGCAGUUAAAGCUACAUUACCUCCCACUACUGUAGUACCAAAAAAUUUAAUUGAUCUCGAAAUGUUAAUGUUUACACAAG